GUGACGUCACGUAACCCGGAUAUGUUUUAAUUUCGAAAACAAACCCUUGCUAGUCGGCAAAGCUAAUUAUUGUAAAAUCAUGAGUAACAUGUCUAGCCAAACGACACCAAAUGUUAACAACCAGUCUGUACGACAUCGGCGUGAGUUAGAAGAGCUUGAGGAUCGAAGAAGAUGGCAUUCUCAUCAUCCGUCCAACUACAGUAACGCUACAAGACUAUUAACUGAUGGCACCAGGGCCAGUUCACGCCCCACCAGUGACCCUGGGUCCAGGUGGCCCUAUGUAGAUGACCCCACAACCAGACAGCCCCAGGUGGAUGACUGCGAACGUCUAGGGACCCUUUUCGGGGAGCUGAACAAGUGUCUUCGCAACAUUGGAUUCUCCCAGAUGUACUUUGGGGAAAAGAUUGUGGAGCCUGUGGUGAUCAUCUUCUUCUGGAUCCUAUUGUGGUUUCUGGGUAUCCAGGCUCUAGGCUUGGUCGGAACUCUGUGCAUCAUCAUCAUCUAUCUUCAGAAGUAAACAAAUAGGAUUUCUAAUGACAGUGUAGAGCUCUGUUCUAAUAAUGAGACAAUUGUACGAAUCGUAGUCUCUUUGCUGUCUGCUUGUUUUGUUUGCUGACGCUACAGGCUUUAUCGAGGAUCUGUGGACUGGACACUUGGGAUUAUAGUGGCCAAAUAAUUUGGUGAUGUGCUUCUAGAGUGUCAAAGGAAUGCCUUGUUCACAUGCAUGUUGACAGAAGGGAUUUGGGAGCUCAGUUCUAACUCAAAUACAUUAGCUUUAUCUCUUAAAAUAAUAUCCUUCCCUCAUCUACACUUGUGAUAGAUGAGAAGGUAUGUGAAAUUAAUUUAUGUUUUAUGAUUAUGGACUUUUUAGACUCACAAAAUGUCCGGGCUAUACAGACUGAGGUUCAGGCACUUCAAAAACAUGUAAUGUGAAUAGAUCACUCUGUAGGCUACAUUCAGAUUGAUUAGUGCCAUUUGUUAACCUAUAGUGUAAUAACUAUGAAUGUUCCAAAGUUGGAUUUAGUCUAUUUUAACUAAAUGUAGCAUAGUCUUCAUUUAAAAUCAAAACCAAAUAUUCUCUUGAGGAAAAUAACAUGGAAUGGGAUUAUUUUACCUGAUGAUUUUUACUAGCCUCUCACUUCAAGUAAAUUACCUUGAAUGGUU